AUGGUUGUACUGACACAGAUACCAGUCAUGAGAAGAUUUAAAGCCAUUGCUGAAAUAGUUCGAACUCAGUCCUUGAUUUCAUGGGCACUGGAUCGUAUUGAUCAUGACAACUACUAUGGAACUAACCAAAAAGGUCGAGAUUGUGAUUGGACAUGGAACUCAUGUGCAAGUCUUGCUUGUGGAAAACAUUAUGGUGUUGCCAAAAAAGCUAACUGUUACAGUGUUCGUGUAUUAGGAUGUAGUGGUUCAGCACAUGGAGUGUUAUUAUGGAUGGACUUAAUUCUGCUGCAUCAAACACACCAGUAA